AUGUCGGAACAUAACUGGUGGGAAAAUUGUCACGGCCCGAUAUGGAAUGUUGAUGAUAUAUCUGAUUGUGUUCAGCGCAACUAUCUCAAUUUUAUAAUUCCCUCCAUAACUGUUGCCAUAUCCAUACUACUUUUAUUAUCUCUUAUUAUAUCGCGCCGAUACCGCUUAAAACUUGUCAAGACAGCUCAUAAACACGUACCAUAUUCUCGAAGUGAUACACCUGCCAACGAAUAUGGUGAAUAUCAGAGAUUAUCGCAGGCUAGUAAUUGUGAAGAGAAUUACGAAGGUCGAACGAUUACCGGAGCUCAAUUGACUCUGAGUAAUUGUUCUGCCGAUGGGACUAUUACUGUUUUAGAUGCACCCCGAGGGCAAUAUAUCUUUCUCAUUGCUGAGAUUCUAGCAAUCGCCGUACUAAUCUGUAUAAAUAUAGCUGCAUUAACUCUCAAUGCAGAGAGCAACAAAGUUUCAAUACCGCUGCUUGUAGCUAUUGUCACAUGGAUGUACAUUGGAAUUUUGGUUUUGACAAGGCUUGCACUUUUCAACUCAAACUGGAUAUCUCUCAGAAUUUGGAACCACACUACAGUCUUAUAUCUUUCCAAGUGGCUUAUUUCACUGGUAAUAUUUCGAUCGGCAAUCGUUCAUCCUCGUUCAAAAAAUACUCAGGCUCUUAUCAUGGCCGAAUUCGUCCUCACGUCAUUUCUCUUUGGAAUUGCCAUUACAAGCCGGAAGGGAAAUAAGACCGUAGCAUUGGACUGGGAAGAUGGCAUCGAACCAUCCAGAGAAUCAUUAGCUAGCUUGUUAUCCCUUGCAACUUUUGGCUGGGUAGACAAAAUUAUGUGGAAAGGCUAUAAAAAGACAUUUGAACUUUCAGACGUCUGGAAUCUUUUUCCCAGAGAUAAAGCUGCCACAGUUCUAGCCGACUAUCGUCAAUUUAAGCGGACGACGGCUCUAAGCCUUCACCUACUUAGUUAUUUUAAGGGACUAGUUUUUGUCCAAUGCUUAUUCGCCGUCUUUUCAGGACUUUUCACUUUUGCCCCAACUCUGUUACUGAAAUCUAUCCUUGAAUACAUAGAAGAUCCUACAACAGCUCCUCGUAAUGUUAUUUGGCUGUAUGUAAUCUUGUUGGCAUUUUCAGAUAUUCUUCGCUCUCUAGCUGAUGGACAGGCUCUAUGGAUCGGACGCAAAGUCUGUAUAAGACUUCGUGCCAUUAUAAUUGGAGAGCUAUAUGCCAAAGCUCUUCGUCGAAAAGCUGCCGCCAGUAACGAGACAAUACUUGGAAGCCGGAAAGAAAAGGAAGACUCAGAGAAGCUAGGACUACUCAUUAGAAUUUUUGGCCGGAGUAAUAAAAAAUGCAAGAAUCAGUCUUCUGAUGACACAAAUAAAUCACCAACUGACGUCACUUCCAAGCCUGCUGAUGAACAAGCAAACAUGGGAACGAUUAUCAAUUUAAUGUCUGUAGAUUCCUUUAAUGUCAGUGAGAUCACUGCGUAUCUCCAUUUUUUAUUUGCUGCCGCUCCAGCGCAGCUAGCUCUUGCUGUCUACCUCCUAUACCAAAUUCUUGGCUACAGUAGUAUUCCUGGAAUGGUGGUAAUGGUUAUUCUCCUUCCUCUAAAUAUCAUGGUAGCACGCGGCUUUAGUCGUUACCAGAAGCAAAUAAUGGCUGCCACUGAUAAACGAAUUCAUACUACAAACGAGGUUUUUCAAAAUAUUCGGAUAAUUAAGUAUUUUGCAUGGGAACAACGAUUUCAAAAUUUAGUCAAUGACAAACGACGUGUUGAAUUAGCUUCUCUACGUUCAAAAUAUGUCCUUUGGGCCACAGCUGUGGCUAUUUGGAAUACGGUACCAGUAAUAAUCACAUUUUUCUCCUUUUUAGUUUAUACGGUGGUCGAAAAGAAGCCCCUCUAUCCAUCUAUUGCCUUUACCGCUAUAUCACUAUUCCAUAUUCUUCAAGUUCCCCUUGAUCAACUUGGUGAUAUGAUCGCACAUGUUUUGGAAUCGAAAGUUUCUGUUGAUCGUGUCGAAGAGUUCUUAAAUGAAGAUGAAACAGAAAAAUAUGAGCAACUCCGACAAGAAAAUUUUGACGACGAUGGAAGCAGAGUCAUCGGCUUUAGAAAAGCUACCUUCUCCUGGGGAUCGAAAGAAGAUUCUGGACAAGAGACUUCGUCUGCCUUUCGCUUGAUGAAUAUAGAUGUGAAGUUUAAAAUCGGGGAGCUUAACAUUAUUGCAGGUCCAACUGGAUCUGGAAAGACAUCUCUCCUGAUGGCUUUACUCGGUGAAAUGACUUUGAUCGAAGGCAGGGUUUUCUUACCAGGAGGAUAUAGCCGUGAGGAUAUUCGGCUAGAUCCAGAGACUAACCUCACAGAGAGCAUAGCCUACUGUGCUCAACAAGCCUGGCUUGUCAAUGCCAGUAUCAAGGAUAACAUACUUUUUGCUACGCCUCUUGAUGAAAAAAGAUACGAGAAAGUAAUAAAUGCAUGUGCUUUGGAACGUGAUUUACAAAUUUUGGACUCUGGUGAUGAGACACUUGUCGGUGAAAAAGGUAUUGCACUUUCUGGAGGACAAAAACAGCGAAUCUCGCUGGCUAGGGCCCUAUAUUCGAAUUCGAAGCACGUGCUGCUGGAUGACUGCCUUAGUGCAGUUGAUUCUCAUACUGCGAAGUGGAUAUUUAACCACUGCAUUCGAGGUUCCCUGAUGCAAGGGCGUACAUGCAUUCUAGUAACUCACAACCUAUCUCUCUGUGCCGCCGAAUCUAAAUACAUUGUACUCCUUGACAAUGGUAAGAUUGAUGUUCACGGUAACUCGGACGAGGUGAUUGCUUCGGGAAAACUUGGUCAGCUAACCAGCACCGCGUCCGAAAGUAUCGAUACAUCAAGUUCUAACUCUAGAGCCGCCUCGUCUCCUGGAACGAACGAAAAUUCUGGUGAUGGGUCAAUUCCAGGCCAAGACAACAUAAAUUCUAAGAAUUCUGCAAAGUUAGAUGCGAAUAAACUAAAGCCAAAAAAAGAUGCAAUGCAAGAGGCAAAAUCUGAGGGGAGGGUGAAGUGGAGCGUCAUUUCCCUUUACUUCAAAUCCAUGGGCCCAUGGUGGUUCUGGGUUAUAUCAGUCACGGUUUUCAGCGUUCAUCAAUUUGGCAAUCUCGGGGCCAAUAUGUGGAUCAGAAAAUGGGCAAACGAAUAUAAUACGGAGGAAAUCAAAAUAUUUUAUGCGCAAAGCUUAAAAAGUUAUGUUGGGAGUACUAUGUCAACAAUCCGAAUGGCCGGUUCCCGCGUCACUCAGGUCCAACCUCAAGUUAACCUUCAUACAACAAAACUCGCCACAAAUACCGAUGUGAAUCACCACUUGACGUACUAUCUCGGUGUCUAUGCCGCCAUCGGAUUGUCUUGUAUGCUAGUGACAUUUCUCAGGGAUCUUUGGCUAUUUUUUGGAGCUUUGAAUGCCAGCUGGAAUAUACAUCAACGCCUGAUGAACUCAGUCAUAAGAGCGAAAUUUAAGUUCUUUGAUGUAACUCCUCUUGGUCAAUUGAUGAAUCGUUUCAGUAAAGACCUUGAGGCCAUCGACGAAGAAAUAGCCCCUAUUUCAAUUGGAAUGAUGAGUUGCGCUUUGGAGAUUCUCGUUACUGUUUUUCUUAUAUCGGCUAUCACCCCUAAAUUUUUACUUGCGGCAAUCUUAAUUGGAGCUUUGUAUUUUCUCGUUGGGGCAUUUUAUCUUAGGUCUUCAAGAGACCUUCAGAGGAUUGAAUCAGUUCAGAGAAGUCCAUUGUUUCAACAAUUUGGAGAAACCCUUAGCGGUAUCACAACGAUCCGUGCUUACGGUGAUGUAAAACGCUUCUCCCGGAACAAUAUGAUCAAAAUAAAUACCCAUAGUCGCCCCUUUAUUUAUCUCUGGGCAACCAACCGCUGGCUUGCCUUUCGAAUGGAUGUCAUUGGGGACUUUGUUGCCUUUGCCGCCGGUGCAUUUGUUAUAUUAAGUAUCGGAAAGAUUGACUCUGGAUCGGCUGGUCUUUCACUCAGUUAUGCAAUUAGCUUUACGGAAAAUGUAUUGUGGUUAGUUCGACUAUACUCUAUGAACGAGCAGAACAUGAAUGCUGUGGAACGGAUUAAAGAGUACCUUGAUGUUGAGCAGGAAGCAAAAGCAGUUAUUCCGGAAACGAAACCUCCAACUGACUGGCCAAGCCAAGGCUCAGUUGAGUUUGUUGAUUACACUACCAGGUAUAGGGUAGACCUUGAUCCCGUUCUUCGGGGUGUAAGUUUUAAAGUAAAUCCGGGAGAAAAAGUUGGAGUGGUCGGAAGAACCGGUGCUGGAAAAAGCUCCUUAGCCCUAGCGAUUUUUCGUGGCCUAGAAGCAGAAGAGGGAAAAAUCGUGGUAGAUGAAGUCGAUAUUGGCCAGAUUGGUCUGCAAGAUCUUCGCAGCUCAAUUACAAUUGUCCCUCAAGAUCCAACUCUUUUUACAGGCACUUUACGUACCAACCUUGACCCCUUCAGUCUCUUUAGUGACGAGGAUAUCUUUGAAACACUCCGCAGAGUUCAGCUUAUAGAUGAUAAGAAACCUUCAUCCAGUCAAAUUACAUUGAAUGCAUUAGAUGCAACGACACAGCGUACCGAAUCUAGUGAAAAUCCACACAACUUGGGUACUCCAGACUCCACUACGAGUAAAGUCAACAAGAAUAUAUUUUUCAACCUCUCAUCACCUGUAACGGAUUCGGGCUCUAACCUUUCUCAAGGCCAGCGACAACUCCUCUGUCUCGCACGAGCUCUACUAAGAAAACCUAAGGUGCUCAUUAUGGAUGAGGCCACGGCAUCUGUAGACUACACGACAGAUGGUAAGAUACAGGAUACAAUCCGAGAACUCCAAAGUACAAUAAUUACUAUUGCACAUCGUUUACAGACAAUUGCAGACUAUGAUAAAGUGCUGGUUCUCGAUCAAGGCCGGGUAGUGGAAUUCGGGCAUCCUUGGGAUCUACUUCGCGAAGACAGCAAUCCUGCGGUAGCGGCGACAGGUACCUUUCGAAGCAUGUGCGAGAUGAGUGGAGAGAUUGAGAGCUUAAUGAAGACAGCUAAAGAAGCAUGGCUAUCUGGGCGUCUCGUGGACACCAAGUAA